CCCGGUGACCAAGUCGGUCGACUAUAUUCCAAAGCGUUUCAGGAAUGCGAGUUUUCCGUCCUCCACUCAAUUUUCUUUCACCCGCACUUGAAAUUUCUCACAGAAUUCCUCAAUUGGAAACUGAAAAUGAGCCACGGGUGUCCAGUACGCGGUAAGAAAAAUGUGUCCGGGUCCAAACUGGCUGUGCACCUCCGGACCCACACAGGAGAGAAGCCCUAUGAGUGCGCAGUUUGUAACAAGAAGUUCAUCCAAGUUAGCGACCUCAGAAAGCACCUCCGGACCCACACAGGAGAGAAGCCCUUUGAGUGCACAGUUUGUAACAAGACAUUCAGCGUAAAUAGCAACCUCAAAAAGCACCUCCGGACCCACUCAGGAGAGAAGCCCUUUGAGUGCACAGUUUGCAACAAGAAGUUCAGCCUAGGUGGCCACCUCAGAAGGCAUCUCCGGACCCACACUGGAGAGAAGCCCUUUCAGUGCACAGUUUGCAACAAGAAGUUUAGCCUAGGUGACCACCUCAGAACGCAUCUCCGGACCCACACUGAAGAGAAGCCCUUUGAGUGCACAGUUUGCAACAAGAAGUUCAGCCAAGGCAGCGAGCUCCGAACGCAUCUCCGAGUCCACACUGGAGAGAAGCCCUUUGAGUGCACAGUUUGCAACAAGAAGUUCAGCCUAGGUGGCCACCUCAGAACGCACCUCCGUACCCACACUGGAGAGAAGCCCUUUGAGUGCACAGUUUGCAACAAGAAGUUCAGCCAAGGCAGCGAGCUCCGAACGCAUCUCCGGACCCACACUGGAGAGAAGCCCUUUGAGUGCACAGUUUGCUACAAGAAGUUUAGUCAAAUCAGCAACCUCCGAACGCAUCUCCGGACCCACACAGGCGAGAAGCCCUUUGAGUGCACAGUUUGCAACAAGAAGUUCAGUCACGGUUUGAACCUCAGAAGGCACCUCCAGACCCACUACAGUUUGCAGCAAGAGGUUUAGUCAGAGCAGCGACCUCGGAAUAACGCAUCUGCGAACCCACAUUGAGGGAAACGCGUAGAACAUCUGGUUGACAGUAGAAGUUCUGAUUGGGGAAGUGCCAAGUGCGGUGUCAACUGCGAAGUCCCUUUGAGAAGAGGCCCAUUUGAGUCUCAUUUACAUGAGUUGUAGAUUAAACUACACUGCCAACCUAACUGUCUACUAAGAACACACUUACAAAUGCAUGCUUGCAAGUACACACUUACAAACGCAUGCUAGGCUUCGUAUAACUCCAGGCUAAGCUUAGGCGUUUGUAAGUGUGCACUUGGCCAAGCAUGCGUUUGUAAGUCUGUACUUGCAAGCAUGCAUUUGUAAGUGUGUACUAAGUGACAGUCAGGUUUGUAGUGUAGUCGGAUUCGCCUAUGGCGUGCAACUUCAAUAUUUUGUCCGCAUUCAAAUUUAGUGGAGAACUACUUUCUUUGUUUAAAUCUUCCGCUUUGUACAAGCUCAUAGCUAUUUUCACUGGAGCACGGUCAGCACGCUGCUGAAGUAGGGACCCUUUUAUUUAGAACUAUCUGACUACUGACUUGCAUUUGUUUUCUUUUGCUUGCAUGCAGCUAUCUAGCACAGACUUUUAAGACGGAACUAAUGGUACGUUAAGCGUGGACGAUGGAGUGCUAGAGUUAUCUUUUGCAUGUUUAAGUGUUACAUCUCGGCAUUCGACGUCGGAUGCGCCUUAGAAGCUGUUCUGAUCAUUCUUCUGGCAAAUCAUUUUAGGGUUAAGUAGUUCGAAGACCAACGUAAGAAUAUGAUACUUUUCCCGAUGUCAAUACCUUCCUGUUUUGACGACAUUCCGACAUCGGACUCGAGCGCUUGUUCUCCGCACACCUCUGUUGAUUCUUGGGAGAGAGUUGAUCCAACCACCUUAACUUCCGAUUGGCCUCAGAUUUGUUACACUCGGCUCCAAGAACUAAAUGUUAUCUUGCUUGCCUAUAAGACAUGUGGAGACUUUAAAAGUUGCUUUGUAUUUUUUUGACUGCGGUAUUGAAUAAAAAGAGCUUUGUAGUAAA